UCCAUCCAUUGUUCUGAAUGAUGUUACCAGGAACAUUAUCCGUGAGGUGAUAUUUGGGGACAAGCCGGACACUUAUGGAGUGUGACAGUGUGGACUGAGACCUUUACUUCUGUCAUGCACAAUGCAGUAUUUUGUGUUCCUUUUUUUUGGUUUUGUGCUGUCGGCCACAUCCUCUCUGCCCAUCAAUGGUUCAGAGCAAGUGUCAGAUUCCCUUUUCCCUAGUGCUGGUCAACCCUUGAACUCAUCACACAUCCUAAUCACAUCUGUCCCUCCCACCUACAGAUCCUUAUCGGUCUCACCACCUACCCCUUCGUCAGCGGCAUUUCUGCAAAUCGGAGAUGGUUGCUGCCUGCAGUUUGACUUUCCGGAGCAUAGUAAGGGUGUCAUUGUCAUCAGCACUGGGGCUGCCGCUCCUACUUACAACCUUAGCGUGAAGUCCUUGGACACAUCGGUGCUGCAGGUUCUCAAUGUGAGUCGUAGUUCUGGUGGCCUACCGGGCAAGUUCCUGGCACAUAUUUGGUCAGGGAUGCCUGGCAUGGCACCUCUUCACCUUAGACUGCACCUCCUCGGUUCUGUCAUUGAAGAGCGUGAUGACUUCUCCAUUCAUGUUGUCGCCAACGAUGAAGCUCCAGAAUAUACAGGAUUUGCUGCAAGCCACUUUUCUGAGAGUCCUCUGCUCUAUGCACUCCUGCCCCUCAUCUUCAUUAACAAAUGUGCCUUUGGAUGUAAAGUGGACCUUGAGGUUCUAAAAGGUUUAACAAAGCACCCCCACCCAGUCCUCCUAGGCAUUGUGGGGCAAUUUGUUCUGAUGCCUCUAUAUGCAUACAUCCUCUCCUUGCUUUUGGGACUCUCGCUGCCCUUGGCACUGGGCCUGGUGGUCACCUGCUCCUCUCCAGGAGGCGGUGGUGGGUAUCUAUACAGUCUCCUGUUGGGUGGAGAUGUUACUGUGGCCAUAUCUAUGACAUUGGUUUCCACAGUGGUGGCUGUGGGCCUUAUGCCUCUUUCCUCCUCGCUUUAUGGAUGGUUCCUUGGUGUACACCAAACACUGCACAUUCCUUUUCUGAAGAUUUUAGCUACACUGCUUUUUAUAGCCGUGCCAAUUUCCACAGGAAUGGUGAUCAAAUGGCGCUUUCCCCAAGUGUCCCGUCUCCUCCUGAUGGUUAUAAAACCUUUCAGUGUUGUGCUAAUGAUUGGAGGCUUGAUUAUGGCCUAUCAGAUGGGGUCCUCCCUGUUGAACAAAGUGCAACCCAUACUGGUGGUAGCUGGGGUCAGCGUGCCGCUGGUGGGACUCCUGACUGGAUAUCUACUUGCGUACAUUCUGCAUUUACCCAUACCCCAACGUCGGACGGUUAGCAUUGAAGUUGGGGUACAGAACAGCCUUUUGGCCUUGGCUGUUCUCCAGCUCUCCUUCCAACGUGCCGAGGCCGAUCUUUCUUCUCAGGCGCCAUUCUUGGUGGCUUUGAGCGGAACUUCAGAGAUGUUACUGCUGGUCCUGUUGCACUUCACCUACCGAAGGUUUAAAGAUCACAAAUGAGGUUCUAGAUGAGGAAUAUGCCAACUAAGAUUGUGAAAACCGUUUACAUGCUGCAAACGUGGACUUUCAGUUCAUUCUCCUUUUUUAAAUUGAGUAUAUUUCAUGUUUUCUCUUCUUUCCGUUCAAUUUACUUUUCUGACAUUCCAUUAACUAAAACCAUCCUAUUCUAUUUUAUUAUUGCCAAAAUGUGAUUGUAAGGCAGGACAGCAAUAUUUUAAACAUAAAUACUGGUCUUUUCCAUUAUGCCUCUGCAGGGUUUUCAAGUGUCCUUUUAAAGUGACACUACACGCA